CCCAAAAACACAACACACCCACAGGCCACCCACCACACAAAAAGAACACACAAAAGAAAAACAUAAAAAAUAAUAAAAAUAACAAAAACACACCAAAAAACACACACAUAAACACUAAAAAUGUCCCAAGAUCGCGUCGCUACACAAGAAGUCUUCCCCGCGGAGGAAACCAUCGAGGCAGGAGCAAAAUCCGAGGUAGACACUGUUCCAGAGGUUGUGCCCCCAGAAAGACCUGCUGAGUCCGAAGUGAUCUCCAAGCCAGAGGAGGGCAACCAACCACUUGGCGAUGCACCGCGGGAGGAGAAGCCACAGAACGAGUCUGGCCCAAUCACCGCAGUGGAGGCGGCGGAGGAGGGACAGGAAACGGGAGCCACCGAACACGUAGCUACCGAAGCAACGAAGCCAAUGGAAGCCUCAGAUGAUCUUUCGCCUGAGGAAAGGAAACUGAAGCUGAAGAAGGAGCGAAAGGAGCGUUUGAAGAACAUCGCAACCACCCGCUUUGCCCCCAUGGAAUUAGAGGAUAAAGUUAGUUUUGUAGGGGGAAAUAUAGAAGAGGUCAGGGAUAAUGAGGUGGAGGAAGAGGAGGAACCGCUGGCCAACAUGGAUGGGCCCAUCGAUGGGGACACGGAUUCAAGUGCAAGCGACGAGUCAGAGGACGAUUUGUUCGUGGGACCCAAAAUGGUGAGCCUAUUCCCGACCUACGGCUUCUCAGAUGGCCCAGUUGAUAGGAGCAUAUUCCAAACGGAUGUGAGGUUCGAGGACAUUGACCAUUCGGCGAGUUUGACUGGCAUAAGCAUUGUAUCGACGAGAACGUUGAAGAGCGAACGAGAUCCGGAUUCCGUCCAGUUGAAGACCAACUUUCUGAGGGAUUUCGAUGUGCCCAGUCUGUCGGACAUAUCGGAGGAGCACGAGCCGUCUGAUCAGUCACCGGAUGUUAAGUCGCCGAUAGGCGAGGAGCAUGACGCUGGUUUCUAUGCGGAUCCUACGUCGAACAUGGACUCCGGUCCCAGCUCGGCGUCGGAAUCGAUUGGGGACGUGGAGGAGGAGCACCAGGCUGAGGGUGCGGCUCCAGAAAGUGAGGUCGUCUCCCUCGAUAUCUCCGACAUACCUGAAUUCAUCGAACCACCAGUGUUAAGUGGUCCUCAGGAAAAGCAGGUGACUCUGGAAGAAAUCAGCACCUUGUCAAAGGUGGCCUUCUCAUUUGCCGAGGUCCGAAUUGAACCUGCCCAUUUGCUUGCCUCCGAGAUCGAGGCGGUGGUCGGUGAACUACUGUUCGAUCUUUUCGAGGAGGCGGCCAUCAAAUCGGACAUCCACAACAAGGAGUGCGUAAUUCGAGCGAAGUUUGACAAGAGCAAGCUAUUGGACGAGCUACAAAAAGUCGUCAAUUCAUAUUUGUAUGAAAGGUCCACCAACGAGAUGGUGGGCAAUCGCCUGAUAGAGCACUUUAAACGCAAUCGCAAUGCCCGCGUCUUCGUCGCGCUCUCGCCGGAAAAUGAAAAACGAUUCCACGGCCGGUACAUGCAGGCCCUGGCCCAGUUGGACAAUCUGAAGUACCGGGUGGUGGUGGCCAAGCACAAGCACGCCCUCCAGAUGAACAGAGUGAUCCUGGAUCUGCACUCCGCCCAGAGUCUCGCCUCGAUCACCGAGGAGCGCCUGGAGCAUCUGCUCCGGAAACACCUAGUCCGCGCCGACUCCGACCACCUGCGACGUCUAGUCGAUCGCGAACUGCGACUAAUGACGGUCAAGCGGAACGAGAUCAGCGACGCCAGACUGUUCCUGAUCAUAAAAAAGCACACCUUGGGUCACAUAUUUGGCAAACUACAAGAACUGGACACACUGAGUGACACCUUGAGCAUCCGGGAUUUCUUGGCCGUGCAAAAUGAUGUGAUUGCCCUGCAAAAGAAAAUCGAGGAGCGCACUGUCGAUCUGAAGAAGAUGCGCACCCAGUUCCUCAUGGACGUUCAUCUCACCCGACACAAUCGGGAAAAGGCGCUGGCUCUAGCGGAGAAGUUUGAGGUAAAGAAAAUUCUGCUACGCAACGCCAUCAAAAAUCAGAGAAGCCUGCGAAGACGACUCUACGAAGUGAAGAUGGAGCGCAAGACGAUGCGGCAGCAGUCCAAGGACCUCACCUUCCAAGGCGGCAUCCUCUCGAUGCCAUCGCUGAUGUACGACUUCGACAGCACCGUGGAGCGGCUGAAGGAGAAGCGGGAAACGGUCGCCAAGCUCAGGGAAACCAUGAGGGCACUCCAGCGUCGGGUCAGCCAACUAGAGGGAAGAAGUAUGUAGAGCUUUAAGAACAGAUAAAUCGAAUAAACAGUGCAAUUUAUUACAAA